AUGACCGUGACCACCGUGGCCUUCCUGGCACCACCCAAGGUCUCACCCCUGGACAUGGCCCAGGACUCCUUCGAUGACCAGUACCAGGGCUGUGUCCCUGCCAUGUAUGCAAAGUUGCCGGAACUCUACAGCUUCGAGCGCCAGAUGAAUCUUCUCUUUGCCAGGGGCUGGUAUAAUGCUCAGGCUGAGUGGACCCGGCGGGGCUCUCCUGUGUCCCCUCUGGCGUCCCCAUGGCACGCCGUGGCUCUCAUGGCCUACACGUCACAGGACUUGCACAAGGAGUUCAACGCGGCCGUGCACGUGGCCGGGCGCUCCCGCCAGGAAUACAUUAACAACUUCCACUUCAAAACGCUGCAUUUCCUGCUGACCCAGGCACUGGUGACGCUGAGGCAAGCUCAGAAUGCCCAGUGUUACAACGUGUUCCGGGGCGUGCGUAAAGUUCGUUUCCAGGCACGGCGUGGCCAGAGGGUCCGGUUCGGUCAAUUCGCAUCGACGUCGCUGAGUGAACCAGUUGCUCUGCAGUUUGGGACAGACACGAUUUUCAAAGUGCACACAUGCCACGGCGCAGACAUCCGUCAGUUCUCCGUGUUUCCAGGGGAGGAGGAGGUGCUGAUCCCGCCAUACGAGACCUUUGAGGUCACCGAAGUCACACGGGAUGGGAAGACAACAUGGAUCAGUCUCCGCUCCAGUGGGACCAGCAGCAACUACAACUGCGCGCUGCUGUGA